CUCGUAUGGGUGCUGCAAGUCCUGGUGUUUGGGCUCUGGCUGUAAUUCUUCUGAUAAGUCUGAUCUCUGCUGCAGCAUUCAUACUUUUCAAGUUUAAAAGGAAAAACUACAAAAACCAUGGUUCCUUGCUGAGGCCAAAGGAGAGCAGCCUAACGCAUCCCUGGCUGCGUUUCAGAAAACUGCCAGGGCGAAACUUUUACGCCCAGAUGCACAACGAGAAGGAGCAGGAAAUGACUAGCCCUGUCAAUCACAGUGAGGACACACAGAAUAUCAUCCAGAGCGAGGAGUUCAUCGAUGAUGACAUGGACUCGCAGACACUAGGUAACGCUGGAGGUAGAAUCAAAUUCAGUUACCUUAGACUAACCAGUCAUUACUAACUGAAAACAAAAAGCUGUCAUUUAAAACUAAAAUAACUUAUGCUAACGUUUGUUUAGCAUUACAAAGAGAGAUGAUUUUUAAUAGGGUAAAAGGGCUCAUUUUAAUUUUUUUG